CAGUGGAAAACUUUUAUCUAAUAUAUACUAAAAACAAUCAAACAAAGAGAUAGACCGAGAAAACCAACAAAAAAAUGUUUAAAUAUUUAACAUUAGUUUCGGUAUUAUUAUUAGUAUUAUCGGUAAUAGUUUGCGGUAAUGAUAGCCAAUCGCCACCACCACCGACACCGCCGCCGCCGUCCAGGGCUAUCGCCGCCAAACAGUUUCGUUAUGUGGACAACGAGGACGAGGAACCGUCGCCACGACCGCCUCCACCGCCUACUACUCGUAACUUCAAUAGUCGACAACAACAGCAGCAGCCGUUUCCCGGAGAAGAUCCAGGAUAUGAUGGGACAACUCAGGGACCAGGAGUGGUCAAUGUCGACGGUUUCGGCAAUGGUAUCAAUGGUAAAACCGGUAGAGUAGGUGUCGAUGUCGGACCAUUUUUCAAUAUGGAUCUUCAGCGUAACAAAACACUGGGAUCGCAGGGUAUCAAUCUGGCACUGGAAGUGCUAAGCGGUUUGGUUAGGGUUAGGGUUCAAAGGGAACGGGAUCCAUGGUCUAAUAAUUAUUAUCCGGGCGGUAGUAAUCAAAAACGUGGACCAAUUGUUGUGGAGGUCGGCGGCCAGACUAUCUAUAGUAGUCCUGGACGCCGCCGCCGGCGGUAAACUUGAUUUUUUCAUUAUCACCAUUCAAUAGAUCCCUCCCUCAUAUAUGACAAUGGGAUCAGUUAGCUCAUCAUCAUCAUCACUUGAAACUUGUG